AUGACGCUCCCAAGGUUUGUUGGCUUCCAGUCAGUAAGAGGAUCGUACCUGAGCUACAUAGACGAUGGUCAAACCCUUGCAUAUAUCUCAGAUGAUUUAAUCGCUUCUCGUAACAAAUUUGCCUUGGAUCCUGCAUCCAAUGGAGAAGAUGAUGUUUUUAACAUAAGAUGUUGCUAUAACGGUAAGUACUGGAUGCCUGAAUUAAAAGUAGACGGAUACUCUACUUUUAUAUUGGUUGUUGCUAAAGCUUCCCAGCCAAAUGAAAAUGAAUCCGAUCGUACCUCUACUUUGUUCAAGUUCGUCUUGCAGGAGAUCGGACGAUACGACAUCAUCCACGUAAGCACUGGCCUAUUUGUCACGAGAGACUUUUCAGAUAACUUCUUGGCCCUAUAUCCCGAAGAUAUGGGUACUUUACACGAGCACUGGGUCCUCGACUGGGAAGGUGUCGUACUUUUGCCGAAAUAUAUCGUGUUUAAGGGCGACAACGGCCUGUAUCUUCGAGGUCAUUCACAAGAUGGGUAUCCAUAUUUGCGAUUUUCAAGCUCUGAUCCAUAUUCACAUCCAGUAGGAAAUGAGGUAUUUAGAAUGAGUGAUGGGAAAGUUAGAAUUAAGUCAUUAUAUUGGGGUAAAUUUUGGAGGUGUACUGGUUCUUGGAUUUGGGCUGAUUCAACUGAUACAAGUGCUAAUAAUCAUUAUACCUUGUUUACUCCUGUACAAGUUAGUGAUAAUGUGAUAGCCCUUAAGAAUUUGGGUGAGGGUACUCAAUUUUUUGUUAAGAGACUUAGUAUUGAUUACAAAGAAAGUUGCCUUGCAGCUAAAGAGAUUACCAUUAAUAAGUAUUGUGAAAUGGAGAUAUCAGAGUAUGUUUCAUCAAGGUCAAUAUAUAAUGUUAAGUUUAGGCUUAAAGAUAGUAGAAUAUAUGGGGAGACAAUAGAAGUUGCAGCCACUCAAGAUGCUACAAAUGACACAAGUGGAUACCUUACUCAAACCUUGAGUCUCGCUUAUACUGAUGAAGUAACUAAUACUUGGAACAAUACAAUUGAGAUGAAACUUGGUUUUGGAUUAGAAUUUAGUGGUGGGAUUCCGUUAAUUACAUCUGCAGGAAUUACUGUUUCUGGAGAGAUUUCGGGGUCGUAUUCUUGGGGAGAAACUUUGACCAAGAAGACGUCCAAAGAGUCGUCGUACCAAACCAUCGUGCCACCGAAAACUCGCGUGAAAGUGAGUUUGAUAGCUUCCAAGGGUAAGUGUGACAUCCCCUUCUCGUACAUGCAACGAGAUGUUUACAGCGAUGGAACUGUGAAGAUUGAAGAACAUGAUGAUGGGAUAUACACUGGCCUUAAUUGCUACAGUUACAAUUAUGAAGUUGAAGAGCAGAAGAUUUGA